AUGAUAGUCUCUUCCCUCCCUCCGCCCAGGAUGCAGAACGUACUUAACUCCUUUUCACAGGCCGCAUACAUCUGGAACGGCUUCUUUGCUGCCAACUCCUCCGAUACAAUGGCCUCUCUAGCUGAUAUCUCUUCGUUUGCCGGUCACAAAGCAGUCUGCGUCACUGGCCUGGUAGACGUUCCCGUCGUUGCAAACACUACCAUCGUCAAUUAUCCAGGGCCUGCCAACAACUAUGAAUUUACCGAGUUCAUAACAAACUACGCGCGCAGCCAAAGUACUUUCCCUGCGUACAUUGGCGACACUCGCCAGGUUUCGGACACCUUCUCCAUCUUCUCAAAACUCUGCGUGCCUAACGAUGCUGUCCAAGCAAGCAAGCUUUCCAGCUUACAAUUCCUCACGCAUGGCGGCACGACUGAUUACAACUACUGGGAUUUCGCUGCCGGUUACAGCUAUGUGGACGCUGCAGCCGAGCAAGGCUACGCCACAUUCUCGUACGAUCGUCUGGGUAUAGGCAAGUCAAGUCAUCCAGACCCCAAACAAAUCGUACAGGGCCCUCUUCAAGUUGACCUUGCCCACGUUCUCAUUCAGAAGAUGAAGGCGGGUAGUAUUGGUGGCAUUCGCUUCAAUAGCGUGGUCGGAGUCGGUCAUUCACUGGGCUCAGUUCUCACCCAGGGCAUCGCAUCCAAAUACCCUGAAGAUUUCAGCGCCCUCGCUCUGACGGGUCAUUCUCAAGGCUCGGCGGGAGGAACGAUCGGCUUCGCAGCAGCAGCUCAACAGAUUGCAAACACCCUCCCAGAUCGUCCCGAGCUGAAGGGUCUUCCGAAUGGGUACUUCUCCUUGGGCCCGAUUCCUCAAACCUUGCAGUUCGCUUUCUUCUAUUAUCUUUUCUUCAACAUUACCCUUUUCUAUCAGGAAUUCAACACGCGGCAGACCAAUGCAAUCGGAGAAACACUGACAGCUGGAAGCCUUUAUGUGCCUGCGCCAGCUUACACCCGGCCUGUGCAGAUCCUCAAUGGAGUACAAGACUACUUCUACUGCCAAGGCAAUUGUCUUGCUGGGGGAAAUGACGCUACUUUAGCUGCCUUGGAAGGCUUCUUCCCUAACAGAGAUCAAACUAAGUCUGAAGCCGUCAUUAUCGACGACCUUGGUCACAACAUUAAUUUACAUUUCAAGCGAACAGAAGCGUUUGAAAAAACUUUAGCUUUCAUAUCUAAUGUGGGCAUUAAACCGUAG